ACCCAAUCGACCUGAGCGACCAACGAGACCCACUCGAACCCCAACAACCCCAAUCGCACCAAUCCCAAAUGGCUCCAGAAUUCAUUCUCCCCUUGGCUGAGCAUUUUCCUGGGCGUAUCACUUACAGAGGGAAUGGGUACUUUGCUUCAAUUAAAGCAAAGUUUGAAGCCUUUAACUUGACAGAGAGGGUGAAGGAAACUCCUUUUGUUUUUUGGAAUGCAAAUGAUCUGAAAUUCUCCGGGGUGAUUGUGCAUCAACUGCUGUUGAGGAAAAAGAAAGUGAGUGGGGUGAAAAAUGAUGAAGUGUGGUUUUACGUGGGUAAAACCAAAGCCAGAUUUGAACGGUCUGAGUUCGGUUUGAUCACCGGCCUAAAGAUGAGCGGUGGCCCCACGACAGAAGAAUUGAGUACACUUUGUGAGUCUGAUCAGAUACUGCGGGACUACCUCAACAAUGCCAAAAGGGUCACUUUCAAACCCUUUGGCUAGCAUUUGAGGCGUGCGAUGUGGCAGACGAUGUGUACAAGUUAGGGCUGUUAUUACUUAAAGUUUCUCUUUCUCUCUUCAUCAUCUUCUUCUUCUUUUCUUCUUAUUUAUUUCAUAUUAUUCUAUAUUAUUUUAUAACACGUUAUCAGCA